AUGAAACAAUCGACCUUGCAUCACUUGAACGCUAUUCAUCUUCCUUUAUGAAAGAAGACUUUCUAAAAUCGGAUCCUCACUUUACAGCGUCGGGAAAAUUAUGUCGCAUCCGAACAAACGCACUUUAGAUGAGUUAGCUUUAUUCAACACGAUUACAACGACUGUGUAUAAUAUGACAGUUCCUACAAUAUACUCUCACCUGAGCUCAACAGAUUGUUUUUAGACAAAUCUGAAUGCCUUUAAUUAAGUGCUCAAUCAUACAAAAUCUUACUGGUGAUACCUUCACAUUUUAUGUUGUAUAUAACGAGGAGACAGAAUUAUUAUAACUUUGUUUGGUUAAAAGGUACAUCAGGACAUCAGUCGAACACAACACUUUCUGAGAAUGUCGUCAAACGCUACGGAUACUGCAGUCAUGAUAACGAAUGUUGAUAUGGCUACUGAUGUAGGAUGGUCCUGGAAGCCAUUCUUGUCGACAUGGUCUGACAUGAUGCACCUUAUUUCUGCUGUUCUGGGUAUCAUCGGGAACUUGCUCGUCUUGCUCGCUCUCUGGAAACGGCGAGCAUCCACUCGUUCUACCGACAGGCUGAUUGGUGCCUUGGCCUUAGCCGAUUUUCUGACAUCCAUAUUCAUUAUCCCUUUGCCCGGAGCAAAAACGGUUCCGUCCUCCAUAAUGGGAGAGAUCUAUUGCAAGAUGGUGUUGCCUGGACUGUUCCUGUUUGUAUGCUUCACUUCAUCUAUCUAUAUCCUGAUGGCCAUAUCUAUUGAACGGUACAUGGCGGUUGUUUACCCGUUAGUCUACGGUCGUCUUGUAACUCGUAGAGGACUCCUCCCAGCCAUCCUGGUGUUCAUCUGGUUCAGUACGUUCAGUGUUUACUUCAUAUUCGUCAUGACCGUUGUAACAGUGGAUCCUGGAUCUCACAAGUGCAUUCUUGACUAUGCAUCCACAGGGAGUCAGGUUGUAACAGGAGUGUUUUAUUUGAUUUACCGUCUUAUCCUACCCACUGUCGUUAUGCUCACUACUCAGAUUCUCAUUGCGAGAAGUCUCCAUCUUCGUUCGGCUCGUUACGGUCCCAAGAAGGGUGUUUCCUUCCACGUCAAAGCUCGUAACCGUGUCCUACAACUGAUGUUGAUUGUUAUCCUGGUGUACAUCAUCUGUUGGGGACCAGGACAAAUCGUCUUUUUCCUUUAUUCAGUAGGGGCGAUUCCGCCAACCUUCAUUGGCAGUACCUUCCACACGUUCGUAAUUGUUCUAACGGCGUAUAACUCCUGCCUCAACCCUAUCAUAUAUGUUGCCUGGUUUCCGGAAUUCCGCUCCGCCCUUAAGCAAGUUUUUAACUGUAAUAUCGCAAGCACCUCUUCGCCGAUAUUUGAUCAAAACGAAAGCGGGGAUGAUAACGCUGAGAGGCGUGAGACGAUGACUAACAUUUAAC